AUGACAAUGUCUGAGCAUAAUGAUAACCAACAACCCAAUGUGCUCCCUGUAUUACCACACGCUGCAUGGAUGUGGAAACCACGAUCUAAAAAAGUUAUUGAAGAUAACUUUGGUGGAGUAGCCGCAUCUUUUUUAGGCGUCCGAAACCUUGGAGCUCGAGAAUGGAAACGUCGAUAUGUAUUUGUGGAGGGAAAUGCCAUUUGUUACGGCAGAAGUGUCGGUAAACGAGAAAAAGUGAUUCCACUUGAAAUUAUACGUGCAGCCAAUUAUGCCACUCGUGAUGUUCUUCUCGCCGCCCAUGCCCCCCGCUCUAAAGCCCAGUUUGGAUGGUUUAUGUAUAUUAAUGGGAAGGAGUUAUUAUUUUGCUGCGAGAAUGAGGCCGUACGAGAGGAAUGGGUCACUUUUAUUCUCGCCGUCCUGCGACUCAUGAGUGGAUUGGCCAAACCCGUGCCGCUCUCGCCAGAAGAGGGAAUGGGAGCCCAAACCACAUCUUCUUUAAUUGCACAGUGUAUGCAGCGAACAGAGAGUAGUGAGAGGCCACACAGUCGAACUUCUUCCUCUAUAGGGACAACAUCACGUCAUCCUGUUUGGGAAACAGAGAGUGAGAAUCGAAUGUCAGCACGACACGUGCAAGGAAGGUUAAAAUCGGAAUCUCGACUUUCUUUAGGUUAUGAUCCUAAUAAUAAUAAUAAUAAUAAUAAUAAUAAUAAUAAUAAUAAUAAUAAUAAUAAUAAUAAUAAUCCUCGUAAUAAUAAUCCUCAUCAUGAUGAUGAUGAUGAAGGUGAGGAUACAGAGACCAUAGUGAAUGCCUCUUCUUCUUGUUUUGCUGAUGACUACUUUUUGGAUGAGGAAAUAAGUGAUGAGGAUAAGAAUGCAUCCCUUGGAUUACAAUCUCCAUCGUUAUUAGAUUCAGUUCAGCAAAAAGAUGUGCAGACAGUUGAUAUGCAUGCUUGUGCACUUCUUCCAAAAGCUCGACAACGGUAUUUACAUAUUGAAUAUAAAUUACCAUCUCUUAAGGAUCAUUUUAAAUCCGGAGAUAAUAUACAAAAUGUUGUCUUUUGUCGUUGUGUAGAAAAAAUUGGAAAACGAGAUACCAUACAGGAACGAGAUCUUGUGCUUACCCAUCAAUAUUUGUAUUUAUUUGCUCAAAAUAAAAUAACAGGAGGUACAUAUGCACGGUGUAUAGAAACAAAACAAAUUGUAGGUGUCAUUGAAAGUACGAUGGAGAAAAAUCUUAUGGCUAUCAUAAUUCCUUCCUUUCAUGAUUUACUUAUUCGUUUUCAUAAACAAAAUUCACGUGUAGCUGGUGAUGAGAGUGAGGUGAAAUUACAAUUAAUUGCACAUUUAUAUAAAAUUUAUUUGGAAAAUCAUAAAGGACAACGUUUUAUUUUUCGUGAAGUGGAAAAUGUAAGGACAGUUAUUCGUCGUAGUGUGGAAGAACAACACUUACCACUCAUGUCUCUCCCAGAAGAUCGUAUGUUGGUGGGAACCAAUAAAGGUUUAUUUUCAUUAUUUCGAACAUAUGCAGAUUCGGUCGUUUUUUGGUCUUCCAUGGUGACAUGUGUAAAGGAAGAUCGUCAAUUACAAUUACGAGCUCUUGUGAUAACGGAUGGAGCUAUUUAUAUGAUUAGUGAUACCUUGGUAAAGAUUAAUAGACGUAUUCCACUCUCUGAAGUAAUAAACUUAAAGUUUGAUAGAGAUUCACAAACAAUACUUCUUCACUGUAGAGAAGUGGAUACACUCUUUACGGUUCAAUCUAGUGGAGAGUUUGCACGUAUUAUCGCACUCGUACCAGAAGUGUUAUCACAGUGCUGUGGUGUUAUGAUCUCGGCUACACCAUCUAAACAGUUAUAUGCACAAGUCCAACUUGUGGAUUUAUCAAAAGUAAAAGAUGUAUACGAUCAGGAAACUACAGUGGAUAUGGUAAGAAAACGUAUGAAACUUUCACGACGUGUACUUUCAUCUAUGCAUCCUAUUUGGUUUAAGAAUUAUUUUAAUGGAUUUCAACUAGAUGAAAAAAAAGUACCUCUCACAGAAGCUGAAGAUAUAAGGAAUGAUGUACAUGUAAAGUGCCCUGGAAGUGCCGCUUUUUUAUCUCAGUAUCGUUUUGUUGAAGAACUUAUUUUAGAGUUUGAGGAUGAGAAAAAGAUACUCGCCGCUGCUUCUUCUUCUUCUUCUUCUAUGGAUGGAGAUUUCUUAUCUCUUAACGGGAAUUUCUCAACCGAUUUUGAUUUUGGGAAAAUUUACUAUUCUUCUCUUUGUAGUGAAUUAGAUGUAAAAUCAUUACCCAGUGGUAAUGGUAAUAGUGGUAGUGGUGGGAGUAGUAGUAGUAGUACUACUACUACAAUCUUAAAUGAAGGCAUAUUGGAUAAAUAUAGUAUUCGACGAGCACUUUCCAUUUCCUCUAAUGGUAUUUUAUUAUUAAAUUAUAAUGGAGAUAUGGGAAAAUUACGUCGUACUUUUAAAUCUCCACUUCUUGGUGGUAAAACGAUAACUGGUAAUCUUUCUGUAAAGAAAGAUAGUUCCAGUACACAAGAUCCUCGUGUGGCUUUAUUUCUUCUUUGGUCAGAAGUAGUUGGGAUGAUUAGAUGUUAUCCAGGCCAAGGAACCGUAAUAGGUCUAAUGACAGGUUCAGGUCACUCCUGUGAUUAUAUGUUAGAUGUGGAGAGUGAACAAAAUGUAAAUGUCUUUAUUUCUCUUUCAGCAUGGCGAUAUGUUCAACAAAAUCCUCAUCAUUAUUCUCCAUAUUCAUAUGAAAUGCUUCCACUCUUUACAGUUCCUCGUGCUGAAAAUAUACGGAAUGCUUUAAAAAAAACCGUGUUUGAUCCAAAACCCACUAUUGCACUUCGUCGUGUAUGGACUCAUCAUGCCAGUGAUGAUCUUCAUUUCGCAGUUGUACCCGAUAUUGCAGAAGCUUGUCGUCGUUUUGGAGAUAAUGCUAUUUAUUUCUCUGGUGUGGCUUGGCGUUAUCGAGGUUCGGUUAUUAAAAAAAUAAUGAAAAAAAGAACCACCAUGAUGUUCAAUACAAAGAAUAAGGAUAAAUCUAUAAAUGAAGGAAGUUUACCUACAAAAGAAAAACAUAAAGCUUUUAUUAUUGUUCUUACAAAUUGUGCUAUUUAUUGGUGUACUCAUGGUGGUUUUGAGAUUGUAAGAAGAACGGAAUUACGUGAUAUUAAAGAAGUGUAUUUAAGUCAUGCAGAACCAGAUUCUAUUCUCCUUACAGUUCCUAAAGAGUAUGAUAUGUAUAUUCAUAUUAUGAGUCGUGGUAAGGAGUUUCUAGCCAGAUUACAGGAAGCAUAUGUAGCCUGGACAGAAUAUAAUCUUUAUCUUCCUUAUGAAACUCAUAAUAAUAAUAAUAAUAAUAAUAAUAAUAAUAAUAAUAAUAAUAAUAAUAAUAAUAAUAAUAAUCCACUUCAUGCUUCUUUUAGCAAGUAUGCACUUCCUGUACAGAUAGUACCACAUCUUGCUUCUAUAGGAAGAUUAGAAAAACCGCCUCAAUUUAAUGAAAUACAGGCAAACCGUUCUGCAGGAGAAAUUAAGGCAAGAAUGGAAUCUUUUCAUUGUAAUUGUUUAUCUAUGGCUAUUGCAAAGUAUGAGGCUACUGUAAAAGCAGCAUCUAAACGUCAAAUACCACGAGAAAAAACAGAGAUUCUGAAUAGUACAGGAAAAGUAACAUGGGAACAAGUUUACAAAAGUCUCUUUCUAUCAAAAACAAUUCUUGAAUUUGUUCAUCGAAGAGCCUAUCGAUUUUCUCUACGAAGUACGACUCAUAAAGAGAUGGAGUACGCACAGUUACUACUUUGGCAUUUUGAUAAAAUGACAAGUAUUCUGGAAAGACUACAACAUGCCAUUAUGAGUGAAGAUCUAACUAUGUAUGAAGUCGCCUCUAAGGAAGCCAAACAAUAUGAUUGGUUACGUUUAUUAGUAGAGGAAAACUGUGAGGUUUAUGAAAAACUAAAACAAAGAAAAUAUGCCGUAGAAUCUAUUACGAAUUUCCUUUCUAGCACUACACGAGGUCCAUUAAAAGAUUCUGAAAAUACAUUGGAAUUAUUAUUUGAAAAGGCAAUAAAAAGUGAAGUUCGUGAAGAAGUUCUACAAAAUCUACGUCUUCGCACAGACCUCUACGUUCAACAGGAAAAAUUUAUCACACACCUACAAUCCCAUCAACGAGCCCUUCUCACCGCAGGAGGAGGAGGAGGAGGAGGAGAAGAAAAAAAAGAAAAAAAAGAAUCUUCAACAUCUAAAAAAGAAUUAUUACUAUUAAUAGAAGCGGCACGUCAACUUGAGGUAUCUGUCUCUGUUGUAGAAACUGCUUUUAUACGAAGUUCCCCUGUAGUAAUACGCCCCGAUAGUGAACAGGAACGACUACAGUUACAGCAACAGGAUACAAAGAAUGUAGAGGAUGUUACUAGUGAUGCUAUUCAUACAGCUGUGUUAAUGGGAGAUGUGGUGUUGCUUAAACAAACAUUACAGUUUGCGGAACGUUUCUCUUCUGAAGAAUUAAAAAAGAAGAUUCAAUGGGGAUGGGAUCAGUUUAAUUUACAUCGUAAACAUCAUGAGGAACGUCGCACUGUACAAUCUCUUGUAGAGCGAAUUGGAAUGCAUCGACGCUGUCGAGAUUGGAGUACGAAUGAAGUAUCUAAACUAUUAACAUCUAGUUAUCAACUAUUACAACAACUACCACUGGAUGAACCUAUUAUGCGGGAAACACGCCGUGUAGUGGAACUUCAAAUUCACAUUCUCAAAGAGGAAGAACAUCGUCUUGAGCUUCGGGAUUCACUUUGGCAACAAGCAAAGGAAGCACAUGUUCGUUAUAAGGAGGAACUUCGACAAAAAGAAAAUCACGAACGACUUCUCUUGCGAGAACGUGAACGCAGAGAAGCGGAGGCGAGUCGACGACGACGUGCAGAGUUUUUAUUUGUUUGGCAAAAUCGUGUGCGUAAGUUAUCACUGGCGAUGGAAGAAACGAUUCAAUCGGGAUCUGCGGUGUGUGUGCGGCAGUGUGUACGGCAAUGUGUCCUCUCGCAGAAGGAAAUACAGGAUGGACUGGAUCGCUAUGAAGGGAUGUUGACAGAAGAAGAAAAAGAAGAAAGAGAAGAAGAAAAAGAAACAAAAAGGAAGAAAAAAAAGAAUAAGAAACAAAAACAAAAUGAGAAGAAUGAAGUGAAGGAGAUGGUGGAAAAUAUCUUUUCUCAGUUAAAGGCAACGGCGAUGCGGGGUGAAGAGUAUCUGAAAACGUAUGAGGGAGGUACCAAUCCCUAUGCUCUUUCUACUUUCAGAAGUAAAAACACAGAAGUAGUAGUCCCACCAGAGUUAAUGAGAAUUAUAAAGGCAAAUAAAUCACGAGAGUUAAUUGAAUAUAUACAAUCCCAUCAGAAGGAGUUGACGGUUGAUGUUAUAUCUAGAGUGCGGGAUAUGUGGAAUGCAUCUCGUCAAGGACGACAAUGGGCAUAUAGAUUACAUCGUGCUAUUCACACCGCAUUUGCGUUAAAGAAUAUGGAGUUACUACAAACACAUAUUGAUGCCGCCAAAGAGGCUGGACACAUGGAUGAAGUUGUGGAAAAUGCAAUUGAAGUCGUUACCGCAAUGCGAGCCAAACAGGAGUCCAUACAUUCAAGGAAAGAAAGGAAAAACAAAGAAGAAGAAGAAGAAAAGGAGGAGAAUGAGAAUAAUAAAAUAAUGGAUCUCCCUUCAGAUGAGUCUAUGAUUAACAACAACAACAACAACAACAAUAACAAUAACGCAUCUAAAGAAGAAAGAGAAGAAGAAAAAGAAGAAAAGUCGUUUAUUGUAGAAAUUUCUCGUGUUUAUAAUGUGGAAUCAACUGACGCAGCGGAACGAUUGAUGGGUCAAUUGCACGCUACCACACUAGAGAUUUUUCAAUCUCCUAAAAAAAGAUUUAUUUCCAAAAAAAUAACUUUACAAAAGGGAUAUGAGAAACUUAUGUCUAAAAUGGUAGAACUCUGGCAUGAAGUCUUUCAUCAUCGAUUAAAACCAUCUGGAAGUGUUUUUCAUAAAGUCAAACGGGAUUGUUUUGAUCUUCUGCAGUUCAUUGGUCAAUAUAAUAUUUCUGGGAAUUACUUGGCUCCAUAUACAAACCGUCUUUUAAGUGAUUUUAAACGUAUUAAAAAGUAUAAUGCCACACAAGGGCGUAGUAGUAGUUAUAUACUGAUUGCCUAUAUACUUCAACGAGAAUUAUUAGAACGAGUUGUAUAUGAAAUUACUCAAAUUGGACCGAAAGCGAGAAGUGAAGUUCUCUUUGAAGAUGCCCUUCUCAAUCAAGGACUUCAUGAUUUAUUAUUACUAGCUCGUAUGGUGGAACAAAUAGAUUGGUCAUCUAUGGUAUCGGAAUCUUCUGAUGUCUCUGUUAUGAUGAGGACUUCACAUGAAAAGUAUUCAUCGGAUAAACCUUUAUUACUUCCAUCUAGUAAUGAUGAUGAUGAUGAUGGAAACUAUAUGGAAGAGAAAUGUAUAGAGGUAACCCUUCAAAAGGCAGAGCAACAACAACAACAACAACAACAAGGAGGAGAAGGAGAAGAAGGGGAUGAAUUGGUUUCUCAUGCACCUCGAAUAAUUGCAUUGCAGAAUUGUAUAUCAUUAGUACGAUCCACUGUGAAUAUUUUAUCAAAGUACUUUGCACAGCAACUGGCAACACUUGGUCAAUGUCCAUCUGCAGAAAAUGCACGUGAACUCUUUGAUGAAGGACGACAUAAAGAGAUUGGCCUAAUUGUGCAUGAACAUCUCAUUCCCGCACUUGUGAUGAUAUUAACAAGAGGAUUUCGUUCCAUUUAUCAUCUUGUGCGAACCCGUCAUGUAUGGGAGGCGGUGUUGGAGUUUGGAGAAUGUCUUCAACAUGGUGUGCGGGAGUUGAGUGGGGUAUCUAUUUUAAAUAUACUUCAGCUGGUGGAGGCCUUAACAGAUAUGAAUGGACGUCAUCAAUCACGACUUCAUCGAUUGAGUGAAAAGGAACUUGCAGAUAUGCAACUUCGCAUCUUUUUAGUGGCUUGUCUUAAUCGUAAUGUGUUGGCGGCAUUUUUGCAGAUGUUCUUUCAAUGUGAGGAAGGCACAACGCGUUGGGCCAGCAAAGAUGGACUGUGGAAGUUUUAUGAACGUGAUGGGUGUGUGUGUUAUCCUUCUAGUGAUGAGGGAACGAGUGAACUUAUGGCUGUAAUUGCCAAGUUGUCAGAAUUACCAUUUGUGUUGAUAAUUGACAGAGAAUUAUGGUAG